GUGUUUGUGUGUUUGUGUGUUACGGUACCGUCAGCUGCUUUAUUUUACAGACAGUACAGAAACCAUGGGAAGGAAGAAGAAAAAGCAAAUGAAGCCUUGGUGCUGGUACUGUAACAGAGAUUUUGAUGAUGAAAAGAUUCUCAUUCAGCAUCAGAAGGCUAAACACUUCAAAUGUCACAUCUGUCACAAAAAGCUAUACACUGGCCCUGGGCUUGCAAUCCACUGUAUGCAGGUGCAUAAAGAGACCAUUGAUGGAGUCCCUAAUGCAAUACCUGGAAGAACAGAUAUUGAGCUGGAAAUAUACGGCAUGGAGGGUAUUCCUGAAAAAGACAUGGAAGAGAGAAGAAGAGUCCUGGAACAAAAGAACCAAGGAAUUCCCCCAAUGAUGCCAGGUGUGCCACCAAUGAUGCACGGAAUGCCCCCCGUAAUGCCAGGAAUGCCUCCAGGCAUGAUACCAAUGAGAGGGAUGAUGCCUCCAGGUGCUGGGAUGCCACCAAUGAUGGUCGGGGUGCCACCGGGCAUGCCUCCUGUGGGCCACCGCCCUGGCAUCACACACAUGGCUCAGGUUCCCCCUGCUGCAAACGUCCUGACUCGACCUGCUGUUCCUGCUGCCCCCCCCCCCGCCCAGCCUGGUCUCUCAAAGCCUCUUUUCCCCAUUGCUGGACAGAUGGUCUGUCGCGUUGCAAGUGAAAGUGCAGAUUCUCAGUCUGCCUCCCCUAAAGCUCUGUCCCAAAGUCAGCAGUCAGGGUCUCCCCACCCUCCCUCCUCCUCCUCCUCCUCUGACCCCUCGAAGCCCACCUUCCCGGCCUACACUCAGAUCCCCGUAGCCGUGAUUAGCCCCGGCAGCAGCACGCUCUCCAAACCCCCCUCCACUGUGACCAGUAAGCCUGACACCCUCAGCCCCUCCAGUGCAACCAGUAAGUUGAUCCACCCUGAUGAGGACGUCUCACUGGAGGAGUUGCGGGCUCAGUUGCCGAGGUACCAGCGCAGUAUUUCCCGCCCAGGCCAGACCCCCGCUGCUGCCCCCUCAGCGGGCGGCAUGGCUCAGCAGCCCGGCAUGAGGCAUCCCAUACCUGGACAGUACGGGUGUCCGCCCCAGGGGAUGCCAGGCUACAUGCCAGGGGGGAUGCCUCCAUUCGGACAGGCCCCUCCUGUGGGACCCCCCGUGUACCAGGGAGCCCCUCUCCGGCCCAUGGGUCUGAGGCCCCCUGUCAUGUCUCCUGGAGCCCGCUACUGAAGCCUGCCAUCCUCUCUUCAAUAGGUUUGGACACUCAACCCUUUUCUAAUGUCCUCAACUGCUAGUAGAAACCAGUAUUGGUAUUAUAUUACCGCCACGUACUGUUUAUUCUACUACUGAGCUAUGAGGAAGAGACACUGAAUACACAACAAACAAAAUAGUUUGAUAGUUAGAUGAACAGCAUCACAGAGCGCAUGGGAAAUAUUUACAUUGUACCUAACCAAGACUAUGAAGUGUUAUUUGAAACCAUCUCUGUUCUGUGGCUUCUUUUCCUUCUCAUGUUUCAUUCAGGUGUGUAGAAGUGUAGUAGAUAUGGUUCGUAGUGUUGUGAAGGCGCUGGAGUUACAUGGGCAGUGCACACCCUUUAUCAAGGCAAGUUUUAUGUGAAUACAUUUCUGUUCUGAGCUAAAAGUGAGGCCUUCACAGCACGUAGUGCUGUUGGACUUCGUGUCCCCAACUUUGUUUGGUGAGGGCUUCAUUUAACUGUUCAUGCAUUCAAUCUGUGUUAUGUUUAUAGUUUUAAUGGAGGAGAUACUCCCAUAACCUUAAAUAGUUGGAGUACUUAAUGAAGUGGUAUAUGUAUUGUUGUAAAACUGUAUUGUAAUAAAAUGUGGCAAAAAUUAAAGACUCUUCUUUGCGGGACGUUAGUGGGAUGAGACGUCACAGCAGGUUUGUACUCCAGUUAUAAACAUCAGUGUUGUCUUUAAGGUGAAUCAACAUAAAUGCACAUCCCUGCUUUUAUUAGAAAAAUGCUAGUAAAUGUUUUACUUUUGAAUUGAGUAUUUACCGUUCAAAAUAAAUAAAUGAUUGGUAGUCUGUACGUGCUGAGUGCAUUUGACAGCUGCAUAACCUCCGGGUCGCUGCGAUGCUUAAACCCAGAUUUCUCUUCUCUCUGUAGCGAUGCCAUGGGGGAGUCUCAGUGUAGCCCUGUUUCAGCCGGAGGCAAGUCCCACCAUUUUCUGUCUUCUCAUUCAUUGCUAGGGGCCCUCACAGCUUAAACGCUGUUGGAUCUCAAGGUCCCCAAACUUGCAGCAAGUUUGGUGAAGGCCCUUGUUUGUGUUUUUGCAUUGAGGCAUCAUUUUAUUCAGGCAUGUCAGUUUAUGUGAAUACUAAUAUAGAUUGUACAGUAUGUGUCAUUGAAUCUGUAUUCUCCAUUCUUGAUUGGUGGGAGCUCCAGUAAGCUUGGUUUUCAUUUAAUAACUUCAUACUGAAAGUGAGGAGUUAUUCAAUUAAAACAGUUUUCUUUUUUAAAAGCUAAAGAACUAGUAAGUAAGUAUGGCUUCGUCAAAUGUCUAAUCAUACAGCCAUAUAUAAAUGAAUGUUUGUUGGGAGGUUUAUGAUGAAAAUAUGCUUGUAAAAUGGCUUUUCCAUUUAAUCCUGUUUGUUUCAUCAGCUGUCCUCACUUGAUCAUUUGAAUUUACAUGAAGGAGGACCCUACCAGUACCAGGUUAGUUAAAGCUGUAAGUACCACUGAUGUCACUUUAACAUCCAUCGACCUGAGUUUUGUACACAUGAGAUCUUAAUGCCUCAUCUUAUUGAAAAACACAAGAUGAGCCCACAACAAUUCUAAAAUAUUUUACAUGAUGACUAUGAUCACUAUGAUCUCGAGAAACAACUCGAGGCAGGAAUGUCAAGUUGAUACUUGAGUGUCAAACAUAUUUAUUUUGUUCUAGUUUGGGAUUAAUAUGAUUAUCAUUUCCAUAUAAGGUUUGAUGGGUAUAACCACCAUUUUAUUUAAGGAUGAAAUGCUCUACAUGAGCAAUACAGAGUCUUCACUGGUAAGUAGGGAUGGGUAUCGUUUGACAUUUAUCGAUUCCGAUUUCGAUUCCGGUUCUGCUUAUCGAUUCCGGUUCUUAUCGAUUCCCCGUUUCGAUUCCAAAAUUGUA